AUGACUCUUGGACUGAAGGUGUGCACUUUUCUCGUGAUUCAGACUCUUAUUUUGACACAAUCAACCGCAUAUGUGUUUAAAAGUUGUCCGCUCAAUGAAAAGUGCGUGAGACUAUCCCUGUGCCCGCACAUGAAGCCCUUUGUCGAGACAUUGGACACUGAAAUGUCAUCCAGUCAGUGCGGACUCGAUCCCGAGGUUGAUUCCUUAGACGAGAGGCUCCUCGUUUGCUGCCCAGAUCCUGGCAAUGUCCUGCCGAAUGAGAAGAUCUGUGGACAAAGGCCGGGCGUUAUGCGAAUUUACGGUGGAACAGAGGCUAAGCCCAACGAGUUCCCAUGGAUGGCCAUGCUACUAGACCAUCGUCACAAAACAAGAUGUUCUGGCUCCCUGAUCAACAAUCGAUAUGUUCUGACUGCAGCCCAUUGUGUGAAUCGGUGGACUGUCACAUCCGUUCGCCUGGGCGAGCAUGACACAUCCACCGAUCCCGACUACUUCAUGCUAAAUAACAGGCAGUGGAAUACGGCUGCUCCGUACUUACAAAUAGGUGUGGAGAAUAUUACCAUACAUAGGAAUUUCGAUGUCAUUAAAAAUGAUGAUUAUGAUAGUAUGAAAAACGACAUCGCCCUGCUGCGACUUAAGCGACCGGUAACCUAUACCAAAGAAAUUAGACCCAUUUGUCUGCUGGGCAGUCAUAUCCCCUCGAAACCCUGGCAUACCAGUCCCAAAUUCGAAGUCGCCGGCUGGGGUUAUACCGAAAAUAAUACUCCCAGUGAUGUCUUGUUGAAAGCCACCAUCAAGGAAACGAAAUAUUGGACCAUGUGUCCAACCAGUAUUAAACACAAACCCUUUUGGGAGACCAGAAUAUGCGCGGGUGGUAAGAAGGGAAGGGACACCUGCUACGGCGACUCCGGUGGUCCACUGAUGGCUACCAAAACAGACAAUUACACAGAAUUCGUAUAUCUAGCUGGCAUCACCUCCUACGGACCAAGAAACAAAUGCGGAAAGCCAGCGUUCAAAGAUGACUGUUCGCUAUAUGAAAAGUGCGUAAGGCUAUCCCUGUGCCCGCACAUGAAGCCCUUUGCCGAGAGAUUGCCACACAUACGGUGUGGACUCGUUAACGAGGCUGGUUCGUUAGACCGGAGGCUCUUUGUUUGCUGCCCAGAUCCUGGCAAUGUCCUGCCGAAUGAGGAAAUCUGUGGACGAAGUCCGGGCAGUUUGAGAAUUUACGGAGGAACAGAGGCUAAGUCCAACGAGUUCCCUUGGGUAGCCAUGCUACUAGACAUAUAUGGCAAAACAAAAUGUUCUGGCUCCCUGAUCAACAAUCGAUAUGUUCUGACUGCAGCACAUUGUGCAGUUCAGGGGAAUAUCAGAUCCGUUCGCCUGGGCGAGCAUUACAGAUCCUCCAAUCCCGAUAAAAGAAAGCACUUGCAAAUAGAUGUGGAGAAUAUUACCGUACAUAGGGAUUUCGAUGUCAUUAAAAAUGAUUACCCGAAUGAUAGCAUGGAAAACGACAUCGCCCUGCUGCGACUUGAGCGGCCAGUAAGCUAUACCAAAGAAAUUAGACCCAUUUGUCUGCUGGGCAGUCAUAUCUCCUCGAAACACUGGCAUACCAAUCCCAAAUUCGAAGUCGCCGGCUGGGGUUAUACCGAAAAUAAUACCCUCAGUGAUGUCUUGUUGAAAGCCACCAUCAAGGAAACGAAAUAUUGGACCAUGUGUCCAACCCACCCCAAACACAAUCCCUUUCUGGAGACCAGAAUAUGCGCGGGUGGUAAGAAGGGAAGGGACACCUGCUACGGCGACUCCGGUGGUCCACUGAUGGCUACCAAAACAGACAAUUACACAGAAUUCGUAUAUCUAGCUGGCAUCACCUCCUACGGACCAAGAUACGAAUGCGGAAAGCCAGGUGUCUAUACAAGAACUGAAGCCUAUAUCUAUUGGAUUCUGAACAACAUAAUGCCUUGAUAUUAUAAACUUUACAUGAACUUCAUAAAGUUAUCUUAUUCCGUUCUCCCAUUUUUAACUAAACUUUUUAAUUAAACUUGUAUUACCCAUAACA